AUGAAUCACGCCCGAGAGGGCGAGCCGGAGGACUCGGUGGUCGUCAGGUUUCUGAAGUCCGCUCAGGAGCUGGAGAAGCACUACAGCAACUGGCGCGAGAACGAGAAGAAACGCGUUCGGUGGACCCCGGAGCAGCGUGCAGAGCAUCGACAAGCUCAAAGCUGUAGGGAGUGCGGCCUGCAAUUCGACGGCGUCUCCGUCGAGAAGUGCGCCCAUCACUGUCACGGCAGGGGCACCUACCUAGGUGCGCUCUGCCAAGACUGCAACAAAAGAGCCCGCACUCCCACUGAUCUCACGAUCUGCCUGCGCAACGGGGGGAAGUACGAUUUUCACUUCGUGCUCAGAACCUACGCCAAGAUGAAGGGUUCGACAGUUGUUCCCAGACGCUCUCCACGAGGUAGCGCCAUCAGAAAGUUCGGCGUCAAGGAGUUGGCUAGGAGGGUUCGACGCGUCCGAGACCUGGAGGGCAUCGAGCCGCUGCUGAACAGCAAGGUCUCGAUCCUGCAAAAAUCCGGGGAGACCAACCUCACCAUGAGGAUCGGCAGGCUUCGCUUCGUGGACACCCUCAACUUUUGCAACUCGGGUCUUGGCAAGCUCAUUGAGUCGCAGCGCAAAUGCGCCCUCAAGACGGCGAACGGCGCACUGGAGGGUCUUGAGCGAGCCUUCCCCAUCACGGCGAGUCGGCAUCCCUACCUCGGCGAUCUUCGAGACUUGAGCGACCGGGGCGAGGUUUGGACGGCUCUGCUCAAGAAGCUGCCGAUGCCUUGGGAGCACUUCCGGACCGUCGCCGACUUCGAGAGGCCACCGGUUUGGGACUUCGAGUGCUACCACAGCAAGCUUUCCGGACCGUGUGCCAAGGAGGACUACGAGGAGCUGGUCCAAACCUGCCGCCGCAUGCGCUUCCAGUCCAUGAAGGAGGUUCACGACUGCUACCUGGGGCUGGACGUCACGGGCUACGCUGACGUCAUGCAGGCAUUCCGAUUGAAUUUCAUGGAGAGGUACCACUUGGACGUCUUCCGCUACCCCUCUCUGCCGUCCGCGGCGUGGGACGCCGUCCUCAGAACGGGGUGCGAAUUCGACUUGAUCGCGGAGCGCGGGCUCUACCAGGAAAUUCGCAAAGCGAUGAUGGGCGGAGUGUGCGCGGUCUUUCAGCCGCGCAGCGAAGCGAACUUCGAGGGGCUGGAAAGCUUUGACCCGGCUUUGCCGACCAAGAGAUUGAUGUACUUGGACAUCAACAGCAUGUAUCCCGAUGCCAUGACCAAAGCGCUGCCGGUCACCUCAGGUUGGGCCGAGCCGCUUCCAGACUCGGACUCCGAUCGACUGGAGUGGCUCCACAAGGUGCUGAGUCAGGAGGACCCCCUCAACGAUUCGGAGGGCGUGUGCUACCUGCUCUUUGUGGACUACGACUUCCCGGAGGAGCUCCACGACAAGAUCGACUGGCCUCCCCCAGCGAGGUUGGCUGUGACUUCGGCCGACGUCGGGCCCUACACUAAGGAGGCGGUGAGAAACCGACCGGCCUCCGAAAAGUUGAUCCCCUUCCUAGGCCUGCACAAAGCAGAGGGGAUCCACAGCAAGCGGCUUGCAUUCCUCAGGAACAAUCUCGGCGCUCGCAUUUGGAAGCUGCAUCGCGCCUGGUCUUUCGAAACCGACAACCGCCUGCAGAGCUUCAUGGUGAACGCCUACCAGCGACGGCGAGAGCUCAAAGAGGCUGGUCGAGAUCUUGAGCAAGGCUUCGAGAAGCUCAGCAUAAAUUCGAUCUAUGGGAAAACGGUCCAAAAUCAAGAAAAAUACCGCAACACUACGCACUACUUCGACGCGAUGAGCUUCAGCAGAGCCCGGGCGGACCGCAGAGUCGCGGACUUCAGCGUGCAGAUCAUGGAGCGCGGCGUCUUCAUGGGCUCGGUCAGUCGGGUGAGGACAUCCCGCAAAAACUUCAAUCGCAGUCCGCUUCAAGUGGGCUGGGCCGUCCUGGAGCUGUCCAAGCUGAAGAUCGGCGUGCAGUACUGGAUGGGGGUGAAGGCUGCGCUGCCGAGAGUCGUCCCCAUCCUGACGGAUACGGACUCCAUGCUGCUGGAGAUCAUCGGCGAGUGCAACCCCACGCAACUGCUCGCGGAAGCCAACCUCACGCUCCCCGUGGAGUUCGACCUGCUCGGGGACCUGGACGCUAAGGACUUCGAGGACGCGGUCUCGCCCGAGGCCCUGGAAAGGCUCAAGAGCUGCAGGGGGUGUUCUAAGUGCCACCCGGCACCGGGACUACUUGAAGAUCCACGAGGAGAACUCCACGAGGCACGACUCCUUCACGCAGCUGCGCUCGUACCAGCACCAGGUCUUCAUCGUGGAGCAGCAGAAGAAGACCUUCUCCGUCAUGAAUGA